AUGACAGAAGGUUUGGAAAUGUUAUUGGAGGCUGGAGCCGACAUUAACGCAUCCAUGGGAACGCAUCCGCACCCACUGAUUACUGCGACGCUCUCAAACUCCCGACAAACCGUUGAGUGGCUCCUCUCACAUGGGGCUAAAGCUGACGUUACUUGCGGUAACUAUCCCUUUGCCAUACAGGGAGCAAUAAUUCGCAGUGCAGAUGGUUUCGAUAGUUUGAUUCAGUCCCUCAUCAGUGCCGGCGGUGAUAUUAACGCUUCGGAAGGGCACAUAGGGGUGGAUGAAAACUUGGGCUAUGAAGAUGACAUGCCUCGUAAGUGGCAUACGCAUUUGGUUCUCGCAAUUCAAAAAAAUAAUCCUGGAAUCGUCGACCUUCUGCUUUUGAAGGGUGCAAAUGUGAACGACCUCUCUGGACUUUCAUACAGCACAACAGCGCUAGAGGCUGCGGCCUCACAGGCAGACUUAGGAUUGGUGUUUAGGUUGCUACGUGCUGGUGCGGAGACUGACGUCGUCACCCAGGAGCAUUGCUGGCAGCCGUACGAACAAGUCGUGGGCAAGAUAUUGCUGGAGCGCUGCUCACUGCUCAUUCAAUACGCUAUCAUGGCCUUCGCAAACAUUUUGGCGGUCUAG